GUAAACCGUUUACAACACAACCAAGCUGGCCAUCAUGGAUCAGAACUUGGAGGACGUUCUACAACAACUACAUACCGCAUUAACUAGUUUGAAUUCUUUCUUGAAACCCCUAAACCAUCAAACUCCAACCGCCGCGGAAGACUCGGAUACCUCUAAUGACGAAGUUGCUUCGCCAGAAUCGGAUGAGUGGAAAGAUUUUCGUAUCCCCGACGAAGCUUGCCUUCGCAAGAUUGGAGACGCAUUCAUACGACUCAUAGAGCGUAAAGAUGACAGGGGGUUAUUAGUUAAUAGAGAUGAUUUUCUCUUUGACUCCGAUGCUGAAGUUCUUGUUCAGGAUUUGGCAACCCAGAUUAUGCUCUUGAAAAACAUAUUAACUAAUGAGAAGAACAACUUGUUACCGAAGAUCGCCAUACCUUAUGGGCGUAGUUUUGAGUUUAGUAGUAAGGGAUAUCCGGUCUACAACCCCAGGCUGCCAUAUUCGUCAGCACCUGGUCGGGUCAUCAACGUAUCAUCUGGAAAUGGCAUUAUUAAACUUGAAGAAUUUGCAUUCCUGUGUAACUGGCUCCGGUCUUAUUCUGGCGUUAUCAGCACCAAAUUUAUUGUCACAUUCGUGGAGCCAUGGGGGAGAAAGAAGAGGGUUUCUGAAGAAUUCAGUUGGGAACCUGGAGAGCUUUCGCCACGCAUGAUAUUUGAAUGCCAUUUGCGUUUUGUUCGGCAUAUCUCCGGUCAUCAUCAAAUCAGUCAAGAACUUGGGAUCUUACUCAACAGAGAACGCGUUGCGAUGCGCGAUAUUCGCCACAGUAUCCAUAUAUUUUACGAGGAAAGACAGUCAUUACGCCUCGAGAUGGUUACAACGCCUGGCACAAUCAGAUAUACCUUGCUGGGACUUGGCGACAAUUACAACGUAGUCGAGGUGUCCUGGCCUUACCCCAAGUCCAAGGGAAUUUUACCCUGUGGAAAGGCCGUCGGGAUUUACCAUUUUCAAGUCAUUGUCUGCGACAUGCUAGAUAAAUGGGACCGUGAAUGGACAGCUGUGCUUGAUUCAAUCAACGAAGCCGUCGGCGUAAGAUUCAACGAUACUCAAGAUGACGAGUUUAUGUUCGACUCUUCAUUUAAAUUGUCUAGGUUAUAUUUUACUGUGAUCCAAAUACUUCGGCUCAUGGCCGAAUGGAUUGAAGAAAGCGCCUCUGAUAUAACCCAGUCACGGGAACACUUUAGCUCUGUAAUUCAUGAUGGCUCACUUGGGUUAACCGAUGAAGAACUGGAAAGAAUAGAGAAAAACUGGAAUACUAUUUCAUAUAAAAUGGACUCACAAGCGAAGAAACUCAACAGCCGUAUCAUUCGGAAAACAGAAGAGAUUAAAAGCCUUAGGGAUGGGCUUUUCAAUGCGACGUCGCUUCGCGAGACUAGCAAGGCUAUGGCCCUAAAUCGGGCAAUCUAUGUGUUCACGGUGGUCACUAUUAUCUACACCCCUCUCGGAUUCAUGGCUACAUUCUGGGCAUUGCCGGUUUUGAAUAGCUCACCGAAUAACGAGACUGCGGUAUGGUGGAGAGCCUUCAUCAGCACUUUUGUUCUUAUACCAGCCCUUACAUACAUCAUUUGUCCGUUCGCUGUCUGGUAUUUCAGUUUAGACAGCGCAAGGAGGUCAUUGAACUCAGAGAAUAUUCACAAGAUUCUUCACGCGGAUUUUAGGGAAAUAAUUCGCGAUAGUGCUACCACAUUACCACAUAAAAUGAAGGUAUGGGCAUUUGGAGAUAGAAGAUUUCCGUGGCGUAAUUCACGACCUGCUAUGGAUUCUGGUCCUCCAGCACAGGAUAUAGAGCCCGGCAGUCGAGGUCGAUCGGAGAGUGGCAAUGUUUCAACCGCCUAGAUCGGCGUACAAUGGGAUUUCCAGUAUACACGCGAGGAAAAAGGAAGUGUUCAUAUAAAGUAUGAAUAUUCUUUUUCAUAGAAAACGAAGGGAGGGCCUGUUCUUCAUUAGAGGUAGUUUGGGAUCCUUUGAAUUUUAUAUUGUAUGUACCUUGAAAUUGCUUAAACUAUUGGGUCAAGUAGGAUCGUUAGUUUUGAGUAAAGAGC